AUGUCUAAUGUAGGAUCAUUUUUUCAUAAUGUUAAGAGGAAUAUUUUAAGUAUUAUGCUUUGGGCUCCCUUAGCUAAUUGGGGUUUUGUUAUAGCCGGAUGCAACGAUUUAAAGAAAGAACCCGUUUAUAUAUCAGAAAAAAUGACGACCGUUUUAACAAUAUAUAGUUUAUUGUUUAUGAGAUAUGCACUCGCCAUAAAACCAAAAAAUUAUUUACUUUUUUCUUGUCAUGCUACUAAUACGUUAGUUCAGAGCAUUCUAUUAUAUAAAAAAUUAAAAUACGAAACGAAACAUCAAAAAAUAAAAAUAACAGCAAAAUAA